AUGCUUUUAAAGAGUGGUCAUUUAUUUAAAUAAAUUUAUAUUGUCUAAGGAUACUAUUCUCUGGAUUAAUAAAUGGAUUAAUUCCUUUUUAUUCAAGAAACAUUGAUGAAAUAAAUUAGAGAAUAUUACAUUUUAAAGUAACUUAUCCUCUCAACUUCAAUAAGACAUCUUCUAAUUAAUCUAUUAGCUUAAACUUAUAAGGACAGAAUUGAUUCAAUUGAUGCUUUAUUAAAUCCUCCAAAGUUGACUUAAAUUGGUUAUUAAAAUUAAUAUAGAGAUAUCUAAUGA